AUGUUGGUAUACCUACUCAAAGAUACUAAAAACAAAAUAAAGAUCAACGACUUUUUAGUCAAUGGAAUAACAAUCAGAAGAGGAACAAAACAAGGAGACCCAAUAUCACCAACAAUCUUUGCUCUAGUUUUAGAACCACUUCUAAUAGAUAUCAUCAAUGAUAAUACAAUCAAAGGCUUCACUCUACCAAAUUCCAAAUCAUUAAAACUCACUGCAUUUGCUGACGACAUAGCAACCUUUACAAACUCCACAGAAGAACUAAUGAAAAUUAAUACUAAAAUCCAAAAGUACUGCUCAGCAACAUCAUCAUCGUUAAACAAAGAGAAAACAGUAAUGAUAGCAAUAGGAGAUAAACCACACGAUCUACCAUUCCAAGAGAGUACAGUCCCAGAAAGAUAUCUUGGCCUCAAUUUCACCAAAACAGGUUUAAAUUCAAAAUACAACACUUUAAUCCAAGAAAUGAAAAACAAUCUAAUCAAAUGGAAAUCACAAGCAAUAACGAUGAAGGCAAAGAUGACAAUUCUCAAAACAUACGUUCUAUCCAAAUUAACAUACCAUCAAUACAUGGAUAAUCUAAAUGAAGAACAAAUUGAGGAAAUCAAUAACAUGACCAGAUGGUUCUUAUUCUCCUCAGUUAAGAAUACAUAUACAGAAGAGAGAAAAUACAAAACUAUGAUGAAAAUAGACAGAGCAUAUGCAGAUUGGAAAGAAGGAGGCAUAAAAUUAUGGGAUAUAGAACUAAGACAUAUAGCAUUCAAAAUCUGGUACAUGAACAGGCUACUCCAUAAUAACUACAACAACAACAAUACCUUACAAGAAUGGUACAUGGAGCAAUUAAGUAGAAAAAAAGCCCACACUUCAACCCUCAACGAUAUGUGCAGACACUGGGGUGUAUUCAGAGUCAAAUUUUACCAAAACCAUCCAAAGAUAAAUGAACUUCCAGACUUGGCUGAGAUUGGGUCACCUUGUUUUAUAUAA